GAAAAGCCCGCGGAUUGGCCACGCCCUCCCACCGCGGAUCGCCCCGCCCCCCACCGAGUCCAUCAACCCGAAGAGAAGAAGACUCACGGCUAAAAAUACCUCAGCUAGCUCAAGAUGGCUGGUCUGCCCCGUAGGAUUAUAAAGGAGACUCAGCGCCUCAUGGCGGAGCCGGUGCAGGGCAUCAUGGCGAAGCCGGACGAGGGCAACGCACGCUACUUCCACGUGGUCAUCUCCGGCCCCCAGGACUCGCCCUUCGAAGGGGGCACCUUCAAGCUGGAGCUGUUCCUCCCGGAGGAGUACCCCAUGGCCGCGCCCAAGGUCCGCUUCAUGACCAAGAUCUACCACCCCAACGUCGACAAGCUGGGCAGGAUCUGUCUAGACAUUUUAAAAGAUAAGUGGUCCCCAGCCCUACAGAUCCGCACCGUGUUGCUAUCGAUCCAGGCGUUAUUAAGCGCGCCCAACCCAGACGACCCCCUGGCCAACGACGUGGCCGAGCAGUGGAAGUCCAACGAAGCCCAAGCCAUCGACACAGCCCGAGCCUGGACCAGACUUUACGCCGGCAAAAACAAUGAAGUAUAGAAGCUGUGGAGAAGAGGCGCCUGAAUGUGAUCUACAACACGAUGUACUCCUAUUCUGUCAAAGGUCUUAUCUUGCAUUUACAAUUUAAUGGACACACACAUACAAAAAAAAAAAAAAGGACAAAAAAAACUGCAAUCCAACAUCUAUUUCAAAGACUUAUUUGACGAGAUUAUGUGCUGGCGGUUCUCUGGGUAAACCCUUUAUUCCCCCCCAUUCUGGAAGCACGUCCUCGUAUGUUCUGCUUCUGAUACUGUUAUAUCAAUGCAUGGGACAGCAGCCGGCUCCUCCUCCUCCUCCUCCUCUUCCUCCUCUUCCUCACCACGUGUUCAGACAACACACCGCCUCACUCAACACCAACACACAACUAACAUCUCCAUGGCACUGUCGUCAACCCGGUCGUGUGUCUGUGUGUGUGUGUGUGUGUGUCUGUGUGCGUGUGUGUUCAGUCAAGGGAAACGAGAGACUUGUUAUAUUUUAGCACAACUUAAGGACCGCCCUCUUCCUUCUCCAUACGGCGGUAGGUCUGGAGAAGGAAGGGAAACGCCCCCCCCCCUGCACUGAACGCCCCCCGGGCCGCGGACCCCCCCCCCCCCCCCCCCCUGAAUACGCUCUUGAAGAGGGCUAGUUUUCAUGCAUGCGUGUCCCAGUAUUUAUUUGAGCUCUACCGCAGAACGCCGCGAGUCUCGGUGAAACGGCGCCUGCUAGCAUCGUCGCGCGGUGUGCAUUUUGUGUGCGUUCGCGGAAAACACACGCACGCGCAGAACUCCUCAGUCUUUUCACUGCACUAUGUUAACGUUAGUCAAGGGAAUUUAGUAUUUUGCCAAAAUGUCUGUGUGUUUAGAGGGUGCAUGUCAAUUCUCAAUGCCAAAUAUGUCCCGAACGCCCACCCUAAUCCACGCAGAGAGCCUUUGGGUGCAGGACUGGGCGAGUUCCCGAACUAUGACGCAGAUUCCGGUCGUAGAUUAAACAGGAGCUGGGGUUGGCACGGACUGUGGGCUGAGAGGGUUUGAACUCUCCUAACAAGCGAAUGUAUUUAAUGAACGGCCCAAAACAGUCAGACUAUUCAGCAGACCCACGGUCUGCCAAGUGUACCAACAUUCGUCUUCUCAUGCAUCAACUGUCCCAUCUCGACAGGAAGGAUUGUGGUUACAAUACUGAUGAUAAACCAAAUUUUAAACGAUCAAAUGAUUACGGUGAGGAUGUGUGUUGGCUGUCGUUAGCCACCAUAGAUGGGGAGCUGCCUGGGGUCGCCCCCUCAGUCCCCCAGUGCCCGCCAGGGCAAUAAACACUCGCUGUCAUUGGGGCAAAUUCCUGUUUUCCCUGAAGCCUGAUUGGGCAGCUGGUGAGGGGGGCGGGGUUCGUGAAAGACUAAUAUAGCAUGUUUGUUCCAACACAUUUUUAAAUCGUUAAACAGGACGACGCAAAUUGACAUGUGGGCGAGGCGGGAUGUGGUUUCAGAUAGUGUCUUUGGUGGUCUGACCCGCUGUGAUGGUGGAUCGCCAUGUUGUCUGUCUGCAUUACCAAGUGUUGGACUUCUUUCUUUUUCUGUUCUUUUUUUAGAGCGAGAAACAGCCGGGUGUAAAAGUUUGUGUUCCUGUUUUUACUUUCCUUUUUUUUUUUAUGUUUUCCUUUGCUCUGUCGUCUCCUCUCUACUCUGUAACUGAACUGCGUACUAUAACCCUUAUCGAUAUCAUUCAAUGUUUAGAGAUGUCUUCAACGGAAGAAUGGUGAUGGAUAUAGGAGCCUAUGUUAUGUUUUACUAGCAACAUUUUCAUUUCAGCAGGUUUUUAUUAUUUAAUAUCUUUAAAGAAAUGCUGUUAGCAAAGGGUACCGCUUAUAAUGAUGAUGAUGAUGAUGUAUUCAUGCAAUCAUAGAUGGAAAACUACUUGUUUCAGAAAAGUAUGAUGGCUCCAAUACACAAAAUUAAAGAUAUUUCAGAUUCGUA